AUGGCGAAGAAGACGGGGAUACGAAGAGUACUUGGAGCAUUUGAAAAGCUAUCGGUGCCUCAUACGGGUCUUCUUGCAGCAAAGCGGCAAUUCGACCUUGUAGUGCCCGAGUUGUACGGCCAGUGGCUACAGAGUCUCCCCACUUCUUCACGACCAACUCAGACAAUCCUGUUCCCACCAGACCUGCUCGACCGGCGAAAACGCCAAGGCGAAAGGCUUGUUCACGCUCGGAUUCGAGCAGUGUACAACGAUGUUGGGCGCUCUUCAAUUCCGACGAAGCAAAUGACAGCGCCAUUCAGCACGACAUCCGCUCUUAGCAGCAAGUCCAGGGGGCUGCAAGAAGCAGACAUACACGAUGAGUACUACAGAUUACUUGACUCCGAAAGCGAACUGAAAGCUGCGCUUCUUCAAGAACAACAAAAGCGCGUGAAGGCGAUGUCACACGCUCGUCGCCUGGAAGAGGUCGUAGCCAUGAAAGACAAGAAAAUUGAGACCUUGUUGCAUGCCAAGGCUAUUGGUACUGAUAGAUCACUGAGCACACACAGAAGUGUCGGUCAAAGGGAAAUGGCGGAGCGUGAUCGACAGCUCCACGCCAUGACGCAAAAACUGAAGCAGAAGCUUGCCCAACAGUCUCAGCUACUGAGUUCUUACGAGGAAGCGAUGCAAUCCCUUCGUAGUGGUGUAAAGAGCACAAAUCUCAUGGAGCUCGAGGAAGAGCGAAAUCAGCUCUAUCAGGAAUUGCGUCACCACCAAAUACUCUUGGAUCAACAACGUUUUGAAUGGGAAGCCCAUCAACAAAAACUGGUUGCUUUCUCAGAAGCGGAGGCGAGCAGUAAGCUCCAGAUUGCCAAGCUUCAGCAAGAGAAUAAGAUGAUUGGCUACGAAAAGCGCAAACUAGAGCAAGAGGUUGGAUUCUUGAAGUCUCGCGUAGAACAGCUUCAAAGCAACCUCUCUCUUGAGCAACGUAAGCGGACAUACGAUCGAGAAUUUAGUGAAAGCGUCGGAAAGCAUACCUUUUCACCACCUACACAAAAAGUGAUGCUGGCCCAAGCACUCGAUGAAAUGAAAAGUUUUAUGCAGAGAGAGACAAUGGCGUCAACCAAGCGUGAAAAACAGAAAUCAUCCAAGACAUCACAGCCGGAUACUUUUUUUUCUCCAGUUACUUUGAAAACUGCAUCAAUCGCACACUCAACAGUAUCUACUACAUCUUCUGCCCCAACGACCCCAAUCAAGUCUACAAUGGCGCCUCCGAGUCCCUCUCAACUUUCAAAAAAUGUUUGUACUUGCUCCCAGGGAAUUGCAACAAGACCAACAGCACCAACGACUCCAAACACGCAGCCAGCCUCUGCGAUUGAUUCAAUUUCAUCUGCUGCUGCUACUGUUACAUUACCCGAGGCUAUUGUGGCUUCAGCCUUAAAAAACCAAGAGGCUAACCUAGAAUCCAAGCAACAGACUGGCCGCGACGGCAUUAUCAUUGAUGGAACUAAUGAAGCCUCGGUCGGUGACGUGCGUCAGGGCGUCCAAGAAGAUCAAGUCAUCGGUGCAACUACGAAUGACAAGGUUAUUGAAAUUGACAACAUCAAAUUAAUCCAAGAGUGUCCUCAUCCUGAAAGGCAGAAAUCAAGCUCUUCUGAAGCUGUUCCUGACAAUGGCCAGCAAUGUGGAGAUGUUCCAUGUAACGUUGCGGAAGAUGCUGAUAGCACGGUUCAAGUCACUGAUGAAGAAAUGGAUGAGAUACAGCAGCAAAAACUAGCUUCCAUCGCGAGUGUCUUAAGGCUAGAUAUCGACGACGAUGCUGAUAGCGAGUUGUCAUCGCUUGAUGUACUGGAUGACGCGCAACAUCUUAGAAAUGAUCCAGAUAUGAAUAGUAUUGAUGAUGUCGCCGAUGCAGUGCUGAUCAACUUUGAGGCGUCAAAGGAAGAUGUUGCAGAUGUGGAGGCAAAAGCCGCGCCGCUAAUUGAGAAAGGUGCCUUACAGGAGGAGUCGAAAGACGAAAGAGGUCAAUCAUUAGAUGAUCUUUACGCAGAAGACUUUAUUGAUACUGACGCAUAG